AUGUGGGGCGUCGAGAUGGCGAAGAAAUACGGUGAAAUGUUCACACUCAACCUUGGAGGGAAAAGGAUGGUUUACCUCAACUCAUCGCGUGUGGUCAAUGACCUGCUGGAAAAGAGAUCUGCUAUUUAUUCCUCCCGACCGUCACGGCCAAUGCUCGAAGGUAUCAUGUCUGGAGGAUACCGUAUCGUAUUCAUGCCAUCCAGCGAUCGAUGGCGAGCGCAGCGCAAAAUCAUGCAUUCGAUCCUGAACACACAGCAGGCCGAAACGAAGUUCAUUCCCUUCCAGGAUCUAGAAGCGAAACAAUUAGUGUACGAUCUAUACUUGGAUCCGGUCAACUACCAUGCGGCUGGCCAACGCUACUCAAACUCUAUCAUCCUGAGCGUCGUUCUUGGGAGGAGGGCAAAAAAAGAUGAUGAACUACUGAAAUUUAUUUUGGAUUAUACCCCGGUUUUGGGGACCUACAUGUUCAACCCACUACAAAAUCCUGCAGAUUAUGUCACCAUUCUCACACAUCUCCCAAAGCGGCUACAGUGGUGGAGGCCAUUUGGAGAGACCUUUUUUAGAAACCAUGUUAAGUAUAAGAGCCCCUAUCAGGGCGUCGCAAAGCCUUGCUUUGCGGUGGACAUGAUACAAGGGGAGUCGAAGAAAGAAUUUCAAAUGGACAAUGCCCAAAAGAUUUACACCUGGACUUCACUUAUUGAGGCAGGAAGUGACACAUCUCGCACUGCCAUUCUACAGAUGAUCGCAGGCGCUGCUUGUUAUCCGGAGUGGGCGAGAAAGGCUCGAACCAUUCUAGAUGCUGUCUGCGGGACAGAUGCCACGAGAUUGCCUUCCCUGAAUGAUCGGGCCAAAUUACCAUACAUUUCGGCGGUGGUAAAAGAGACCCUGCGAUGGCGGCCUUUCCUGCAAAGCGGUGUGCCUCAUGUUCUGAUCAAAGAUGAUGAGUACGAAGGUUAUCGAUUUCCAGCUGGCACUGAAUUCACCUGGAAUGCUUAUGCUAUUGCCCUCAACGAAUCAGAAUAUCCAGAUCCAUUAACAUUCAACCCAGACAGGUUUUUAGACGAUGACUUGGAUAAACUCACGAAAGGACAUUGGGCCUUUGGAGCCGGACGACGCGUCUGUGUGGGAUUCAACGUUGGCGCAAACAACAUUUGGCUAGCCGCGGCGUGUAUCCUGUACUGUUUCGAUAUUGAGCAAGACCCUGACAAUCCAAUCGACCAAUUCAAUACUCCAUGGGAUGAUCCAUCGCGGCCGCCGUUUAGUGUGAAGAUCAAGCCUCGUAGCGAGGCACAUAGAGCUCUGAUCGAACGGGAAGGAAAGAUUGCUUCAGAUAUACAGUAUUAG